UCUUGCUGCUGAUAAGACGCAGAAGCUCAUCCAACUCUACUGUCAAGCUAGACAAGACUAGAGCUCGUGUGAAACAUUGUCCAAGCAAGAUGGUUAAGCAAAAGAUUGUUCUCAAGUUGCCGUUGGACGGCGAGAGGAACAGGAGGAAGGCCUUCAAGGCCGCCGUUGGCAUGGCAGGCGUGACAUCCGCGACGUUGGAGGGGGACAAGAUCAUCAUCCUCGGCGACGGCGUCGACCCGAUCGCGCUGACGACGAUGCUCCGGCGCAGCCUAGGCAAAGCCGAGCUCGUCAGCGUGUCGUCCGGCGACGACAAGAAGAAAGAUGGCGGCUACGGCUAUGGCGGCUACGGCUACGGCGGAGAAAAGAAGAAGGACGGCUACGGCUACGGUGGAGCUGACGGCGGCGGCGGCAAGGACUCCAAGGGUAACGGCGGUUACCAUCAGAACGCGGUGACGCCGAUUCCCUACCCGGCGUACCAGCAGUACAACGCCAUGCCGUCCUACCCUGCUUACGCCUACGCUCCGUAUCAGCAACAGCAACAGGAUCCCGGCUGCAGCAUAAUGUAAGCUAAGCUGCUAAGGUGCCGACGAGAAGAGCUCGGGGAGACUCAAGCUUUCAUCUCAAAAUAAGUUCAGGACAAGCUUAUAAAUCCUGAACUGAUCAAGCGAGCUACGAUGAAGCAAGAGAUGCGCUGGCUGCUUGAGCUGCACGUACAUGUACAUAGCUUGUGGAAUCAUCUGGAAUGGUUGUCUGUAAAUUCAGGGUUUCAGUUCAGAGUGUACUAGUGUUGUGGUUUGUGCAAGAUUGGAAAAGGGUGGACAGAAUAAAUGGAACAGAGAGAUGCAUGCUGCGCAAAA